AUGAGAACUGAACUCUUUGAUGACACAGUAUCAACGGAUAUUGAGCCAUUAUCAUCGAAAUUUGCAACAGAAGUAUCCUCAAAGGUACCAGAAACCAAAGUUUCAACUCCUGUGACAACAGUGGCUGAAGGAGAAGUAUCGCGAUCAACAACCAAAACUGAGGAUUCAAAAAGUUCAGAUAUCAUAAAGACUACAACAAAAUAUCCUCCAAUUGAGGAUGUUACUUUGAUAGUAACGAUGGAGAAAGACAGGGAAGAAUUUGAAACAUCAUCGAUUCAGACAAUGACAGAAAUUGUAGAAUCGACACAAAAAUCAAAAAUAACUUCAGAAGUGGCAUAUACUGAAACACCCCUAGCAACAAAAGGUGGCGAAGUGCAGGAUGUGACAUCGAAUUUCACAUUGCCUGAAAUCGAUAUUACAGAACAGGCGAAAACUAAAUCAGCCACUGAACAACCAACGACAGCAACUGAUAUUCUACCUACAAUAAAAUCAAUUCCAUCCGAAAUGCCAGAAACAGCCAUUCCGGAUGCACAUUCCAUUUCGGAAGACGAAGAUAUAACAAGCAAAUUAAUCUUUACGGAAAGUACAGAUACAAAAGUCUCCUCUGUACAAACAAUGGAAGAUAUCGGAAUCGAAUCUACAAAAGAAAUCAUGAAAGAAACAAUUUCAGAUUUCUUUGAAACUGAAAUGUCAACUUUACAACCUACUAAGAUUGCAGCUCAGGAUGAAGACGCACCAACUGUACACACAACGACAGCUGAUGAUAUUAAAACUCCAAGUCCUACAACUGCUCAUGUAACAGAAGCUGCAGAAAGCCAUAAAACUGUGUCAACAACGAAAGCUCCACAAACUGAAGACAAAAAGCAGGAAACAACAACUGUAUUUACCGCUUCGACAGAACAAAUGGAAGCGGAAACAGAGAAAACAGAAACAACGCUUGAUGAGGAACUAGAAGAGUUUAAAUUAAAACUAUCAUCUCAGUUUGCGCCCUUCUCGGAAGAUUUAGAUAUUGAAACUUCAUCAAUUUUGCCAUUGGAAACUGAAUAUGAAUCUACUGCGAUAAGCACGGAACUUAUCGAAUCUUCAAAACCUCCGGUUAGUGAAAGUCCAGCGGCGGAAGAAGUGAAAAUUACUAAAGUUGAGGAACCAUCAGAACCAUCCAAAAUUUCCACAUCCAUUGCAACCGAAACAAGUGCAGAGACUAUUCAUACAUCAAAACAUGAAACAACAACAUUAAAAUUACCUACAACCUCGCAAGAGGAAUACAUCGUUAGAAAAACUACGGGUUCAGAAAUAACUGAAGUGACAACAGUAGGAUUUACUCAACCUGAAGAAACGAAAAAGACUGAAAAACCGACGACUGAGAUAUCUAUAUCUGCUGAAACAAUUCGGGCUGCUAAUGAAGAAGAGUUGAUAAAAACACGUUUAACAACACUUACUGAAAUUUCUGCAACUGGAGAUGCAAUCGAAAAAGAAACAGCAGAAGUUUCUGUCAUAUCCGAAGAGACUAUACUAAGUAACCGAACUUUUGCUGCGGAUGCUAUGCUUGCACAUUCUACUAUUGCUAUGAGUACUAUAACUGAAGGUUCCCAAACAAAAACAGAAGAAAGCACUAUCUCAGAUUUUUCAUUAUCGUCUGCAACACCUUCCCCAUCUGAAGAAAGCACGAGAUCAUUUUCAACUGAAGGUACAUCAGAAACAACGAAAACAGACGAAACUAUAUUUAAAGAAACAAGCAGUAUAACAGAAAAAGCAAAACAAGAUUACAGAACUACUCUAGCUACAUUACCUUCCACUCGACAUAUCAUAGCAGAAGCUGACGUUUCAACUGAAAAGCUUGAAGCAACUUCCGAACAAACAGAAGUCGUCACUCAGUUUACUUCAACAUCAAAGGAAUUCAUUUCAUCCCCUGAAACUGAUACGGAUAUAGAUGUAGCUACAAAACUGGAUACGCUUCAUCCUACUACUUUAGAUUCCAAUAUAACUACAUAUACUGAGGAGACGCCGUCUGAUUUCAAAUCUAUAUCUACAAUAUCAGAAGCAUUUCCUAGUCAGAUUUCUACAAUAUCUGCUGAAGAAAUAAAUGAAACCCAAAUGGAAUUAGACAAAAUGCAAACUUUAUCGAAGCUCGCAAUUGCAACCGAAAGAUUUACAGCAGACAUUACAUCAAUUGUAAGUUCAACGAACGUUGUUUUCGAGGAGACCUCAUCUACAUCCACUGUGCAUACACCUACGGAAACGGUAUCUGAAGUAACUUCUCAAGAUCAGACUUCACUCGAUUCAAUUUCAGCCGUCUCACUAAAAGAUAUAAAAGACGUAACGUCAGUAAUCGCAACUACUACCUAUUCUGAAACAACAGUCCAUGAAUCUUCUACCACUACAAAAUCAGUUGACGUUUUAAGUGAAAGAGAUACCAAAAAAGGUGAGACUGUAACGCCUGAAACGAAAUUAAUUAAAGAAGAAGUAGCGUCGACAUUAUCGCUAGAAAACGGAACAAUAGAAUCGAGUCCUGCAGUCAGUACUUCAUUAGAGAUUUUAGGAUUAACUGGAAAAUCUACAACAGCUGACAAAACUAUAAGUACGGAUAUUGGAGACUUUUCAACUUCAACCUUGAAGCAAGAAAUUACCACUAAAGACGAUGCUACUCGUAAGACAAGUUUAGAAGACAUUACAGAAUCUUCACAACCAGAAAAAAUUACUACAUCGCAUACCGAAAUGGAAGCUGAAAAGGUAAAUAUGACGUUUGAUGAAUUUAGCUCGUCGGCAACACUUAAGAUUUUAACAGAAGGAAUAUCCGAAAUUUCCACGUUUGGAAGUACAGAAAUAGGAGAACAAGCAAAAUCUUCAGUAACAAAAAUAUCUACUGAAGUCCUAGCAGCUGAAGAAACAACCAAAGUGCCCGACAUAAGUAAAAGCACAAAAUUUGUAAGUGAUGAAGUAACAGAAAAAUUUAUUACAGCUGAAACAAAAGCAGUUGAAGCCACAGUAUCAGUUACAGGUACUUACCCAGAAAUGACAAGUAUUUCAUCAACUGAAAUGCAGAUUUUGCAUGAAGUCACUACUCCAGCCGGAAUAUUUUCUGAGAAAGAGGAGACAGAUGUGUCAGAAUUCACAUCACGUACCGUUUCUAAAGAAGUAUCUGUUGAUGCUGAAGGUACUUCUGUAAAACUGCCUGUUUCAACAGAAAUUAUAACUGAAUCAACAGCUAUCCUUAUGAAGACCACUUCUGAAACAAAGCCAGAUGUCAAAGCUGCAGAUGAUGUAACAAUGAUUUGGAAGACGGAACAAACUUCUGAGGCAGAAGAAAGCUCGAAAACAGUUGAUUCUGAAACUACAUUAGCGCUUAAAACAUCUUCUGCCAGUGAUCAUUUUAGAAGUACAGGUAUUUUUAUUUCUGAAAAACCGUCUAUUACUGGAGUAGAAACGACAGAAAUGAUGGUCAGUACACCAUUAACUCGUAUAACAGAAAAAACAACUGAAAGUGUUUCUGAAGAAGAAAACAUUACAACCAUUUUUGAAGUCAUUCCAGAAAAAGAAAAAAUACCCACUACUGUAACAUCAAUACAUGAAGAAAAGGUGUCGGAACAAACUCUACGUUCUUCGACUGAUAGGAUAUCCACAACAGAAACAGCAUUUCCUUUAGUCUCUAAAAUUUCAGUCGAAGAUGAAACAUCAACUGACGAAAAGAUUUUGUCUACUUCAGAGGAAGCUGAGAAACGAGAGACUGGCGCAGAUGUGCCUAUUAUAUCCACCACUGAUUCAAGACGUUUUGAGAGUACAGUCAAAGUAACAGAACCUACAUCUUUAGUUACGGAAUCAACAUCAUCAACAGCAACCACGCCUUAUCCAGAGGCAGUUGAGACAGAGGCGAUAGGUGUUGCCGUAACAACAGAAACCUCAGAAGGACCAUCUACAAAAGGUUUAACUGAAAUAGAAGAAGGAGAGACUGUAACGGAAAGUGGAUGUUUGGUUAAUGGAACUAUGUACGGAGAUGGAGAAGCUAUAGACAGCGUUGAACCUUGCGAGAAGUGCCAUUGCGCUUCAGGUGAUGUUAUCUGCUUCAAAGUCAUCUGCAAACUACCUAAAGCAGGAUGUAUUCCAAAGACAACCAGUAUCGAUGAAUGUUGUCCGAGUUCCUACGACUGUCCAACUGAUGGAGAAAAAGCCGAAACGGUUGCAAUUACUAGCACCCUUAAAGUCACUCAGAAAGAUUUUACUACUCCAAUACCAAUCAGCUUCAUGUUUUCUUCAACACCAGCAUCCAUUGCAUCAACUGUAUUAAUAACAAAACCUAGUGAUCAGCCAUUACCUGAGGCCACACUUGAAAGAAAAGACUAUACUACUGUCACAGAUGACAGAGAUGUAUCUAUUACUACUCAUGUUCCUACUGAUACAUUCCUAGACACCUCAAGUAAAACUAGUGAAAGAUCAGCAGUCACUGAAAGCACGAAAUACAGUACUCAAGAACCUUACGCAACUGCUACACAGUCAGCUGUCGAAGAGCAUUCCACAACAUCGGAUAUAAGACCGGGAACACCUAGAUUCAUUCUAGAUGACACUUCAACAAUUGCUUCCACUGCAACGAUUUCUGAAAGUGAAGUCAAAACAACAAUCGAGCUGACAUCUACUGUUCCUGAAUUUGAUGUUACGCAAAGUGAAAAACUACCACAUGCUGUGGACCUUGCAACGGAAGGUCCCAAAGCGGAUGAAACAUCAAGUCUUGUUGCAGAACAGGAAACGAAAAUUAUAAUGGAUAAAGUCUCUACAACCCAAACUACAGCUUACUCGGACACAGAUACGUCAGAGAAAAGCAAAGUGGUUACAUUUUCCGGAGAAACUGUUGUUACAGAAGAGAAAGCUUAUCCCCACAGCACUACGGUCGAACCUACAAAAGAAAAAGAACCUGAAAUUCUGACAGUUACUGGCACUGAAAUUGGUAAUAUUUCCCAAGAACCAACAAAGCUAUCAGUUACAACAAUCGAAAUGAGUGACUCAUACGUCACAUAUAAAAGUACAGAAACAACUGGAUAUUCUGAAGAACAGGGAACUGAAACAGAAUUAGCUAGCGCUACAGUAAUAGUGUCUACAAAACGUUCAGAAGAUACUACAAAUAAAUCGAUAGAAAUUUAUGAUGUAAAAUCUAGCACUAUUUCAACUACGCAAAUUACAGAAAGAGAUGAAGUUCCAAAAACCACUCUCAAAGUAACAGAAAUUCCAGCUAUAACCGACGAAACAGGAGAAAAAGAAACUCUUCUCAAAACAACAGGUAUUGCAGCUGUAGCUGAGACAAUAACAGAAAAAGAAGCUAUUCUCAGAACAACGGUUAUUUCAUCAGUAACCGAUGCAGCAACAGAAAAAGAAAUCCCUCUCAAACCAACCGGCGUUCCAACUACAGCUGACACAGCAAUGGAAAAAGAAAUUAUUCUCCAAACAACGAAUAUUUCAGCAGUAACCGAAGCAACAACAGAAGAAGAAAUCCGUCUCAAACCAACCGGCGUUCCAACUACAGCUGACACAGCGAUGGAAAAAGAAAUUAUUCUCAAAACAACGGAUAUUUUAGCAGUAACCGAAGCAACAACAGAAGAAGAAAUCCAUCUUAAACCAAAAGAUGUUUCAACUGUGACCUAUAAAACAACAGAAAAAGAUAUCCUUCUUAAAACAACAGCUGAGAGCGAUACAACAACAGGAAAAGAAAUCCUGUCCAAAACAACAAGUGUUUCAGCAGAAACUGAAGCAACAACAGAAAAAGAAAUCCUUCACCAAGCAACAGAUGUUUCAGCUGCAAGCGAUUUAACUACAGAAAGAGAAAUCCUCAAAACAACGAGUGUUUCAGUGAUAACUGAUGAAGCAAAAGAUAAAGAAGUUAGGUUUCCAGUUGUGGAAGCAGAAGACAGAAUUAUAUCCACAACAAUAUCUGAUCAUACACAUUCCAUCCCAUCUGAAACAUUUGAAUCUAUAUUACAGAAGGAAAGCACGAAGGAAAUGGCCGGUGAAGAAAUUACUCCUCUGUCAACAGCUCUUCCGUCAAAAUUGCCAAAAUUCGACGAUUUCGUAACAAGUACGUCUAGAGUACCUGCAGAAGAAUUCAUUACAGCAAAAAGCUUUAAAAGUGAGACAGUCAUGGAAGCAGAAACUACUUCAAAACCAUCUUUAAAAGAUGUUACAACAGCAACCAAGAGUGAUGAAACUGAAGAUGAAUCUGUAUCGACUGAUGCAAUUGCUAGCACUUCAAGUGGUACAACUGUUCCUACUUUAUCUAGUGAAGCAUUUGACUCCGUGAAAAGAAAUAUCACUGAUCAGAUGCAAUCUGAAGUGUCGGAUGUAACUUCUACUUUAAGCACUUUGCAUCCAUUCAUAUCGACAACAUUAACUACAGUAGAUUUAGCAACCUCAACAGAUAAAGAAAUUGAUCAUGUUUCAGUUACAAGUGAGCACGACAUUCGAAAACCUACAAUAUCUGAAAAUUUAUCUGAAAAACCUCAGACGCAGAUAAACGAAACUGGAGGUUUUGAUGGUAUUUUGCCAACAGGCGAUGUUUUCAGUGCUGCUCGAGAUGAAAAAAGCACACCUGCAGGUUCUUCAACUCAUGCUUCUACUCUUACUGCUGAAUCAUCAAAAGUGCCAAUGUAUAUUCCUUCCCUAAUACCUCAAGAAAUAGACUCUGUUACAGAAACUGCACAAAUAAAUCAAACGAUACAAAGUUUAUCUAAAGAAAGACUGCCCACUGUGUCUGACAGUGAAAUAACCGAAGAAGAACUUUCUGAUAUCUCUACGGAAACAAAAAUAUCAGAGAAAACUACUGUUUCUUCCACAACUACAGAGAAACAAAAUCUGGAAACAAUUAAACAGUCAGUAAUACCUAAAACGGCAUCACCAACAAUCGGAAGAGAUACUGAAAUUCAGACAACAGGUUCAGUUGAACCUUCUACUACUUUUGACCACGUUUCAGCUACUGACAAAGUAUUCACAUUUGUAUCUACACGUUUUACUGAUGUUACAACGGAGAGCAUUGAAACCGAAACGAUACUUGCAACUGAACAUGACAUAUCAACAUUAAAUGUCACUGAUGUAAAUAAAAAAGAAGAAUUAAGAAAUUUAACAUCGUCAGCUGCCACUGUAUCUGAAACAUCUCCACUGUUUGAAACAUCUACAAAGAUUAUUUUCACAACAAGAAAACCAGCGCUUAAAUCUGUUGAUGAUUCAUUACCGUCUGUCAGCCCGUAUGAUAUAGAUUUAACUAACCAGACAGAAAUUCAGGAGCAAGAAGAACUAAGCUCUAAGUCUUCAACUACAAUCUUAACCCCUGCUAUAACAAUCUACGAAGAGGAAGGGGAUCUAACGAAGACUGAUAUAUCGUUAAUAGAAGCAAAAACUUCUAUAGAUGUAAUAGAUGAAUCAACAACCGUGCAUCUUGCAAAAGACACGUUCCCAACUUCAACAUAUGACUUUACAGUACCAGAUAAAGAAAUUUCAACAAGUGAUGAAAGAACAUCGAUAGCCGCUUCAAUAGGAGCAUCUUCAGUACCAACUGAAGAAACAACUUUUAAAGAGAAAUCGACAGUAGAAACAACAGAAGUGGAAAAAGAAAUAUCUGUAUCAGUAAGUGAACAAUUUACAACGUAUGAUCACGCCAUUUCACCUAAAACAUCUGAAACUCAGACUGAAGACAAAAUAUAUGUUGCUAAUUUAACAACUUUGCCAGAGGAUAUAGUCGAUAUUACUUUUGCUUCUGAUAACGAAACUCUGAUUAUAACAACUCAUCGUAAAUUCAAGGAUGUUACUAGUGCAGCAGAGGAAACAACUUCCUCUCCUUAUUUGAAAACUUCGAUACCAGCCAUAUCAUUCACAACUUUCUUAGAUGAUCUUAAUGCAACAAGAAAAAUAGCUGACGAAUCUUUAGAAACAAUAUCAUCAAAAGAUGCUUUUGAAACAAUCACUGCUAAAGCUAGUGAACAAACUUCUGGAGCUACUCUAACUGAGAAAUCUGACACCAUCACGAGCGACAUUCGUUCAACAACACCUUUUAUUUCAAAAGUAGAAUCGUCAACCAUCGAAAAAGCACUUGCUUCUACGGAAAAAACAGACGUUCCAACUCAGACAGAAAUAACUGAAAGCACAACUUCUGGUAGAGAGAUGUCUGCAAAAGUCAGUGACAUUACUGUGUCAUCCACUUUUGUUGAAGACAUUGUAACGGAAAAAUUAUCAGAUAUUACAAAAGGUGCUACUAAGAUUGCCAUAGAACGUACGACAUCAGUGCCAACCAUAAAGGAUACAACUCUUGAGGAAGAAUCAUUGGUGCAAAAUAUGUCUUCAGUGACUACAAAGCUAGACAUUGCUGCUGAUAUUACCGCUCAAUCAACGACAGUUCAGUCAAAGGCAACAACAGUACAUGAAGUUACUGAGCAGGCAAGACAAGAUGUGACUGGACUUUUAACCAAAGCAUACAAGGCUAUCGAAACAACGCCUACUCCCUUCACUGUAACUGCUCCUACUUUAGAUAAAGAACAGGAAACAACGGCAGGAAUAGAAAUGAGAAAACGGCUGCCCUUCGACGAUUCUGCUGAGGUUACGGAUGACCUUGUGUAUUCCACAGUUCCGGAACCAGAAGAUGAUUUCUUACUAGACGAAGGAUCCUGCAUAUUUGAAGGAAGAAUCUACGAAUCUGCAGAACAGAUUCCUCGAGCUGAUCCAUGUGAAUUCUGCUUCUGCUUCAGAGGAGAUAUUAUCUGCUUGCAGCAGUCUUGCCCUCCACCAGCACCCAACUGCCACAGAACAAUGAUUGCUGGGUACUGUUGUCCAAGAUAUGACUGUCCUGUUUAUAUGACAUCAAGGAAUAUCAGCAGUCUCAGCAGAAGGAAGGGUGUUCAGCCAAUCAUAAUCCAAAGACGAAUUGAGAAAAGAGAGAUAAGACCUGCUAUAGAAGUUAAAGGUUGCCAAGUAAAUGGCACAUUUUACGAAGUGGGAUCCACUGUGACAUCAGCAAGUGGACCUUGCCUCCACUGUAUGUGCCAAGACGGAGGCAUCAUGAGAUGCGAUCCUCAGAAGUGCAAACCACAAGCUCCCCUUAUGCUCAAAAUGAACAAUAGUUUUUUCAGGAGCCGGAGAUAACGGACGAAGCAAAUAAAUCUUUCCUUCAUCUUCGGAAAGCAAACAAUGCGACGUUGUCAACAAAUGAUGAAAUUAAAACUGAUAAUUGUUGUUGACGAACUUUUUUCUUAGUUCCUGCGCUGUUCUCGGUGCUUCAUCAGUAUUCAUCAUGCAUUCAUCAUGUAUCCAUUACCUUUUUGUAUGGUCCAUGAUGACACUCAAACUGCCAAGGGUAAAUCCGGAACAAUAUAUAAUAACUGCAGAACUACGAGAGAACUGUACUCUGAUGAAACAUUCCAUAUAUUCUUUCACUUGUCAUCCACUUCAUUCAGCAAAUACGCUUUACUUCUUACUUGCAGUAACUAUGCAAAUUCUUUGGUAUGGCGGAUAUAAUUUCUGAUAAUGCUUCAAAAUAAUAAGUGUAAUAGUAGUAUUUAAUCAAAAUGUUACAGACCAGGAAUGCCACUUUCACUGAGAAAGUUAUUAGCAUUCCGGCCCCGCAGUGGCUAGUUUCAAGCUCUGCUGAUAGUCAGAUGUUUCGUCUUUAUUUAUAGUUCAUGUUCUUUGCCAGUAAAAAAUGAAUCUUCUAAACGGCAGUUAAAGUAGCAUGUUUAAUAGUUUGUGUCUAAAUGGAAUUAUUAAAACGAAUUCCAUGUACAGACUUUAAUUCUGUGAUGUGUAAGUGUCUUGUUGAAUACUCUUUUUUACUUUCUUUGUCAUUGAAAGGUUAUUAAAUGACUUAAGAUUGGUGCUGUAAUUUUUAUUAGGCAUAUCAUUUAUGGAAGUCUUUAAUGCGUCAUUAAAUUGCGUUAAUUUAUAAGAGUGAAGUGAAAAUUACGUAAAGUCGCAAGUAUUCUUGCCUAUUUUGCUUUGGUGUCAGUGUCCUGUUUGAAUAUUUUGUGUAUAUGUGUGUGCUAGUUUUUGAUUCUGGUUAUUAGAUUUGGUUUUGGUUACUACUAGGCAAAACAAAGGUGCCAUACCCGUUUGCUGUAAAUGUUGUGGUAUUUAAAUGUGGAUUCGCCAAAGAUGUCCGAUGGCUUUACUUGGAAAUAAUGAGAUUAAGGUGGAUUUAUCGCAGUAAUUUUUAUGAUGUAUUUUUUAACAAAUAGAAGUUAAUAUUACAUUGGUGAAUUCUGAACUGCUGUAUAAAAGGAAUUAAAUAUAAACUGAGCUUUAAUGCUUUAGACAGUAAUGAGGAAAUGCAAGUAGGCGAUAAUUUGUAAAUGGGAAUGAAACGCUGCAAACGACAGGAAUCAUCGCCAUUCAUAGGUUUGGGAAACAGAUGAGAGUAAACUGAUAUUUAUUUUUAAGAAUGUUUUUCCGGUUAAUGGAUUCUACAAAACCCCAUAAACUAAAUAAAGCAUUUAAUGCUAUUUUGUCAGGUAAUCUUAACUAAUUAUUUCGGUUUAUUAAAUACUAAGUCAUUCUUAUUUCAUCCAUGAAUUUUUAAGCAGAAGAAAAAUAUGUUUGCGUCGAUUUUAAUUUGUAUCAUUGACUAAAGUAUGCCAAUCUAUUACUUCUUAAUACUCUAUUUUGAAUGUACGUAUAAAUGAACUUCCGGUUUUAUCUUGGAGGAAAGAAUCAUAAAAAAUACUAUAUCUCGCUUUAAAAAUUUAAAAAAGAUAAAAAUGCCAUUAUUUCCAACUAAGUCAGGAUAUCUGAUUAUACUUUUGAACGUUACUUUGGUUUCAUUGGCCCAAAAAAGUAUAUUUUAACGUCUUUCGUGGAACGUUCAAACAUAAUCUUGAUGAAAGAUUCUUCUUAAUUUAUUUGGUAUUCAAUAUAUGUUGCUUUCGACUCAAAUAAAUGAGACAAUCAUUGGAAGAAGGGAAAAAGUGCGUUUAUGAAUGAAUAAUUUGGCUGUUUAAAGUUUAAUAUGGAACUUCUCUGUCUAAAAAUUAAUAUAUAUGCAAUUUUAGACUUUAUUAGCAUUCUACGUUGAUCUUCUUUCAUACGCAUCAUCAGGAAUGAAGCUUAUGGAAGAAGGAAACUUACAGAAGUCCAGUGUUCAUUGUAAGUGUUGUUGUUUUUUAUGUGCUGAAGACGAAAUCGUCACCAUUUUGUGGACCAAUGGAACCAAAAAGGCUCUCGUUUAGCUUGUAUUUUCUGAGUUUUUAAGUCUAUAUGCAGAAAGGAUGAGAGAAUAAAGUAGGCCUAUUACCAAUA